AUGGCCGCCAUUGCCGUAUCAGCCUGUUCACCUUCAGCUGACUUCGAUGGGACUACGGGUCGACUGGUCCAGACUUCUAACGUCACCCUCGUUCAGAUUACCGAGGACAAUGUCGGUGGCAUCACGCCCCAGACCCGUUACGGUUCGAAGGCGAUCGAAUCCGCACUGCCCGGCUUUACCACCGAAGGUAUUCAGACGGCAGUUGAAAACAAGACCGAAUGGGCGCUCGCGGCCUUCAACACGGACGGCUUCCAGGUCCUGCAGGUGUUCAAGGGGCAAAACGGCAAGAUCAGAUCCGUCCACGGCGUGACCCAUCACCUUCAGGGUCCCAACGGAGAACGCAUCGGCAUGACGUUUUCAGAUAUCGGUACAAACCGCUCCAAAUGCCGGGCCGGCAAGAACCUUUGGCGCGGCAUGGCAAUCUGCGACUCGACCGGCCAUCCGAAUGUCGAACUCGUUUAUGCCAUUCCCGGCUACCAGGGGCCUUUCGACCGCCUGCCCCCAUCCAAGGAGCUGCGCAAUGCUGAGCUUCAACGUAUUCUCUGGACGCCGAAGAGUUAA